CUGAGCAGCCACGCCCCUCCGCGACCACGCUCCCUGCCACGCCCCCGCCGCAGCCGCCUGCGAGCAAGGGCUUCUGGGAGGCCGCUUACGGUCUGAGCAAGGGGCGCUGGAGGACGCCAUCUUGGGUUGCCUGGCCGAUCGCCGCGCGCCGUUCUCGAGGCGGAGCGUCUGCCCUGUGCUGUCCGCUACCGAGGUCACCGCGGGAGACUGACUGCAAGGCAGGGCGCGUGAGAAGACCGCGUGGAUGGAUUCGAUGGCUAGUACAGGGAAGGAUAACUACAGAAUGAAAAGUUACAAGAACAAAGCCUUAAAUCCUCAAGAGAUGCGAAGGCGAAGAGAAGAAGAAGGAAUACAACUUCGAAAACAAAAAAGGGAAGAACAGUUGUUCAAACGCAGAAAUGUCUCUUUGCCCAGAAAUGAUGACUGUAUGCUAGAGAGUCCUAUCCAGGACCCAGACAUCAGCUCCACUGUACCCAUUCCAGAGGAAGACGUGAUCACAGCAGAUAUGAUUCAGAUGAUUUUCUCUAAUAAUGCUGAACAGCAGCUGACAGCAACACAGAAAUUUAGAAAGCUGCUUUCUAAAGAACCCAAUCCACCAAUAGAUCAAGUUAUACAGAAACCAGGAGUUGUACAGAGAUUUGUGAAAUUUCUUGAAAGAAAUGAAAAUUGUACUUUACAAUUUGAAGCUGCGUGGGCAUUAACUAAUAUAGCAUCUGGAACAUUUCUGCACACCAAGGUAGUGAUUGAAACUGGGGCUGUUCCAAUUUUUAUCAAACUUCUCACUUCAGAGCAUGAAGAUGUACAGGAGCAGGCUGUUUGGGCCCUUGGUAACAUUGCUGGUGACAAUGCAGAAUGCAGGGAUUUUGUUUUGAAUUGUGAGAUACUUCCACCUCUCUUAGAGUUAUUAACAAAUUCAAACAGACUUACAACCACCAGAAAUGCUGUAUGGGCCCUCUCAAAUUUAUGUAGAGGCAAAAACCCUCCUCCAAAUUUUAGUAAGGUUUCACCUUGCUUAAAUGUCUUAUCACGACUGUUAUUUAGCAGUGAUCCAGAUGUGUUAGCAGAUGUGUGCUGGGCCCUUUCUUAUCUCUCUGAUGGACCUAAUGAUAAAAUUCAAGUAGUCAUUGACUCUGGAGUCUGCAGAAGAUUGGUGGAACUUUUGAUGCACAAUGACUAUAAAGUUGUAUCACCUGCAUUGAGAGCAGUUGGUAAUGUUGUAACUGGUGAUGAUAUUCAAACACAGGUCAUUUUGAAUUGUUCUGCAUUGCCCUGCCUCUUACACUUGUUGGGUAGUCCAAAGGAGUCAAUUAGAAAGGAAGCCUGCUGGACCAUUUCUAACAUCACUGCAGGAAACAGAGCUCAGAUCCAGGCUGUCAUAGACGCAAGUAUGUUCCCUGUUUUGAUUGAGGUUCUCCAGAAAGCAGAAUUUCGUACCAGAAAAGAAGCAGCAUGGGCUAUAACCAAUGCCACAUCAGGAGGCACUCCAGAGCAAAUAAGGUAUUUGGUAACCUUGGGCUGUAUUAAACCACUUUGUGACCUUUUGACUGUCAUGGACUCCAAAAUAGUUCAAGUGGCUUUGAAUGGACUUGAAAAUAUUUUACGACUAGGAGAACAAGAAUCUAAGCAGAAUGGUGUGGGCAUCAAUCCAUACUGUGCUCUCAUUGAGGAAGCAUAUGGCUUGGAUAAAAUAGAGUUUCUGCAAAGUCAUGAAAAUCAGGAAAUUUACCAGAAGGCUUUUGAUCUAAUUGAACACUAUUUUGGUGUAGAAGAUGAUGAUCCCAGCAUUGUACCUCAGGUGGAUGAAAACCAGCAACAGUUUGUAUUUCAGCAGCAGGAGGCCCCAAUGGAAGGAUUUCAACUCUAACAGGUGGUGGGGAAAAGCAGCUUUUGAUAGCUCUUCCACAUGACCGGCGGAAAUGUUUUUAUAUAAUACAGGAAAGAGAAAAUCAGGUGUACUUUUAAUAGCAAAUAUGAAACAAAAGUUUCCAUUCAGAUGUACCGUUUCUUUUUAGAUUUUUCUUGUUUUGGUUAAUCGUUUUAAUGUAAUUGUAUUUGUCUUUUGUUAUUUAGAUUUUUGUAUCUAAUUGUGAAUAUACAUUAUGCAAUUAUUUUAUUCAGGCUUGAAAAGGAGAACGUGAUGAAUAUUACGUAAUGGUUCUGAACUUUUCAAGUAUUCUUGAAAACUGCACAACAGUAGCAUUGUGAAUAUUUACAGUUGCAUCUUGUCAGUGAGUCUGACUGUUCCCAGUCUUCAUUAAAUCUACCUCUGUCCUGAAGCAUAAAGAAAAGCUCCAGAAACAUUUAAGAGCUGAAUUAGAGUGUGAUAAUCUUUAUUAUUUUAGAUUAUAAAUCACUGUGCGGUAGGUUACACUUCACAAACAAUUGUAACAGAACUCUUAAAAAUAGUGUACUGAUGGUUAAAUGUAGCCGUUAUGAAGAGAGAAGCUGUUCAUGUUGGUCACAUUACAAACCUAUAAAACACUUAAAUAUCUGUGUUGUUCACAUAAAAUACUAUUAUUCUAGUAAAUUUUAUAUUUUAUCCAGAUAUGCUACCUUUUUUUGGAAAUUUUUUAUUUUCACUCUUUAUUUUAAAGAUGAUCAUGACAGAGAAGUGAUCAUGAAUCUGUAGUGCUGCAUACCUGAAACUGUAUUUCCUUUGAUUUUUCAGAAGAUCUUGAACAUUUUAUUCUCUGUAUGAUAAUGAACUUAAGUACUUGAAUGAGAAAAGUGUCUUGAAGAAAUCACCUUGUUAUGUAUUAAAUUUUGUUAAAUGCAUUUUAAUGUUUUGACUAAUGAAUGAUGCUAAUGGAAAUUGCUAAGGGUUAUUUAAUAUACAGAAAUUGACAUUAGAAAUAUUUCUUCUUAAUAGUGCAAACCAGGUCUCACAGCUGCUUAUUAUGAACUAUGUGAUAGAUGACCUUCACAUCUGAUUGGUCAAUCUUAUUUGUGUUUUAUGAGUUAACAGGAAAAAGUCUCUUGAAAAUCUAAAUUUUUUGAUAGAAAAUUUAUAUUUAUUUACAUACAUGUGUGCUAUUGCCAUAGAAUUGUGCUUGGUAGAGUUUUCUAAGCAGAUGUGGUAUUGUUGAACUCAGUUUUUUUAUUUAUAGUUAUAUGCAGUUUGUGUAUAUAUCCAGUUAUAUACUUAAGAAUACUUAUGUAAAACCUAAAUUACAAUUCUUUUGAGAUGGGAACUAAAACAAUUUUGAUAUGAUUCAUAAUCUAUUCUGUAAAGAAAUAUUUCAUUUAUAAUAGCAUUUGUAAUGUUUCUGCAGGAACUCAGAGGCAUGUGACAUAAGGAAGGUGUAUAUAGGAGCAUUAUUAAAUAGUAAAGCACUUUGUAAACUAUAUAUCAUGAAUCUAAGCUUUGGCAAGAUAUUUAAGCCUCACAACCAUGAAAUUUCGUAGUGCUGACUGCAUCUGUCAGUCCUUUUAUACCAUGAAGUAGCAGAUUGUGUCUGUGCCCUUUUUAUUAUAAUGGAAGUUAUAGAGUUAAGUAUAAGGUUUUUCUUUUACAUUAAGUACAUUCAAAGAAACAGGGUAGUGAUAUAAAGAUUACCAAAUUGAUGGUAAAUUUAUCAAAUAGACACUUUAAUGGUGGUGGUGUUUCUAAGUAUAAGAUGACAGGGUAUUUGACUCUUUGUAAUCAGUUGAACUUGUUGAUCAGCAUAAUUCAAACCUAGCCAGCUGUGCCUGCUUUGAGGAUGCAGUCAUCACUAUAACAAACCUCUAAGCUGAAUCUUCCAAAAAAGUUCUUACAGAGAAAUUACAUAUAGGUGUAUGUGUGUGUAUGUAUAUAUAUAUACAUACACCUAUAUGUAUGUGUGUGUAUAUAUAUACACAAUGUAUAUAAUGUUUGCAGGCACAUAGACUAAAUGACUUAUAAAAGGACAUUUUAGAAUUUGCCAGUGGGACAGAUAUUGUAUUUCUAAGUAUAGAACUUGGUCAUACCCUGAAUAUUUAAAUACAAACAAAUUUAAUUUCAUAAAUUAGUAUCUUACAUAAAUUGAUUAGAUUUGAAUGCAGAGGGAAAUUGGUCCAAUUUUAAGGCCUAGCUUUUUUUUUUGAACCAAGAGUAAGAGCUACCUUUUUAAGAGUAGCAUUAUCAUCAUUAUUGUCCCCUGUGACACAAUUUAAAAAGUUCCUUUUCUAAGAUUUAUGACACUUACAUGUGAUAGAUACUGUGCCAAAUAAAAUAAAUGUGUUUUAAGAAAUACAUAUGACAUUAAUGCAGAUACCAAAAAAAAAUACUUGAAAGAGUCCAUUUAAAUUAAAUUUGGUCCAUUUUAAUAAACUUAAUUGAACUUGAAUUUCUACUGGUUCAACUAUGCAAUCGUGCUUGUUUUAUAAAUACUUGGUGCACUGGCCUAGGUUUUUAUUGUUUGUUUGCUUGCUUUUGCUGUAAGUUUUAAUUUGGAAGGUUAUUCUAACCUAAUUUUUAGUGUUGUUAAUUUUUAAUGUCAUUUGUCACUUACUGGUAGCACUGAAACAGGGUAUUUUGCUUUUAUUUUUAAAGUAAAUGUGCUGGCACAGAAAUACCUUCUCAUUUGGUUCCUGAAACCUGUUUGCAGUUAAAGAUUGACUCACUGGGUGAAGAACUAAAGAAGCAUUUAUUACCUCUGCUUUGAUAGUUUUUUUCUUUAUAAAGGAGUAUUAUGGAAAAAGUAAAUAUGAAAAUGUCUUUGUGGAUUUUUGUUAGUGUUGUAAAUUCAGCAAUCUACUGGUUGCUUAAUUGUGAAACUGUGAAAUAAAAUGAACUCCUGUUCAUUUCAGUACAUAGCAUUGUUACUUUCUGAAAUGUGACAUGCUCUUAGGAGCCAGUAUAAUAGGGCUCUACAUAGGAAAGUAGGAUGAGAUGAGGGGAUUUUCACUUAACUACAUAAACAAACGUUUGAGCAUUAUGCAAUAUUAUGAAACGUUACAGUCUACUAAACACAAUAAAAUAUUAUUUUACAAUUCCAUUUAUAUAAGUGUGUUUGCAUUUAUUAUUGUUGCUAAGAC